AUAUCUAUCUUUCACACUCAUCGGUCAUCAGUGGGUUAAAAGUUUGUUUGUAAAAUGCUGCAAACAAAUCGAGUUCUUCAAAAAGAGCAAACUGAACUGUUUGCCAUCCAAAAAAAGUUGGAGCAAGUGCUUCCCGUCAUCCAGGAGGCUCUAAACUCAUUAAAGGUGGAUGAACUGCAUCUUAAGACGCAGGUCGUGGGUCUGCAGAACACUCAAAUGGAAUGCAAUCCCGCAAGAGAUCCGCUGGGCUUAGAUCUGGCAGAACAACCUCAAAUCCCACCGAUAAUGGAAUCCCAGCACAUCAAUAGCCAGAAAAUUGAUCUGAACAUGUUCAGCCAAAUGAGACAGUUCGACGAGGAAAUCGACUCGGACUAAAACGUUUAUUAUAGACAGCAACUUGGCUAGAACUUCACCAAACCACGUACAUUUAGAGGACUUAAAUAGUAAACACAAUACAGUAUA